CCGACGGAAAAACGGAUUUGCACGGAUUUUAGACAUAAUUUACACCGAGCGUUCAAAUUAUGCAGAUUAUCCGGUCUACUUGUAAAUUAUUCUUUUCAUCUAAAUUAUCUACCUCAAAAAUCGUCCCAAAAACUUUACAGAGAAGUAUGUCUUCUGAAGCUAAAAGACGGAGGCGUUUACAAAAUAAAAACGAAAGACUGGUAUGGGUAGACUUGGAGGUAAUCUAUACACGAUGUCAGGACUAGAUGUUGAAAAAGAACAUAUCCUGGAAAUGGCAUGUCUCGUCACUGAUGCAGAUUUGAACAUUAUUGCUGAGACAGAGGAUUUGGUAAUUCACCAGCCAGACAGUGUUUUGGACAACAUGGGAGACUGGUGUAAACAACACCAUGGGGAGUCAGGUUUAACAGAAGCUGUGAGAAAAAGUAAAAUAUCUCUAUCUGAUGCUGAAGAUAGAAUGCUGCAAUUUGUUCAAGAACAUACUGUAAAAAGGAAAGCCCCUUUAGCUGGAAACUCCAUACAUGCCGAUAGAAUGUUCCUAGUAAAAUAUAUGCCUCGUUUUAUUGACCAUCUACACUACAGACUAGUGGAUGUCAGCACCAUCAAAGAGCUAUCCAGAAGAUGGUACACGAGAGAAUUUUCAAAUGCACCAAAGAAGAAGUUGACACACAGAGCUCUAGACGAUAUCAAAGAAAGUAUAGAGGAACUUCAGUACUACAGGUACAAUAUAUUUAAACCAAUAGAGGAUGCCGAUCAGGAUAGGUCUGAACAAGAGAAGGGAGACAAUGGGACACAGGUCUGAUCCUGGACAAUAGGUCUGUGUAACUAACAUUUAAAAAUGUCUGUACAGACAGUAUGCUGCUAAGCCAGCAACCACCGAGGAACAAAAUGAUUGUAUAUGGCACUGCUUCAUCCUAAAUGAGAAAUGUAACAGUUUAAAUAUAACAGGGGUAUAUGGAUUUUCAUAUUCAUUAUUCUGGAGAAAUCAGAGUGGAAUAUAUAAAAGUCUGUUUGUAUUAGAAGUGGUUCAUGCAGCAUGUUAAUCUGGUGACUUGGAGUACCGGGUAGUGUGGACUCACAGGAAACAGCAUGUGUAUAUUUGACAAUUCAGUUGUCCCCAUUAUACUUGAAAAAAUGUUUGAAUUAAAACUGCCUGUGAAAUACUACAAUCCUUGUCAGCCUUGAUAGAAUUUUGUCAAAAUUAAAAAAGGAUAUUUUGUUACUAGAUUAAGUGAUAAAAAGAUUUAUAAAAUAAUGGCUAUAGUUCAGACUGUUUUUAAAGAAAACCUUAAAUUGUAUUUGAAUAAGCCUUGCAUUCAACUGCAAAGGCAUAAAAAUAAAUGGACUUACACUGUCACAGAGCUAAAAGGUCUACCCUUAUUUUUUAGCUCACCUGUCACAUAGUGACAAGGUGAGCUUUUGUGAUCACCCUUCGUCCGUUGUCAGUCUAUGCGUGUGUCCGUGCGUGCGUCAACAAUUUCUUGUCUGCACGAUAGUGGUUUCAUUUAUGAUUUUGUUUUAAUCAAACUUGUACACAACUUGUAUCACCAUAAGAUUUUGGUUCCUUUCUUGAACUGGCCAGAUCCCAUUAUGGGGUCCAGUUAUGGCCCCCGAAAGAGCAAAACUUAGCUAUUUUGACCUUGUCUGCACAAUAGCAGCUUUAUUUAUGAUUUGAUUUUUACCAAACUUGCACACAACUUGUAUCACCUUAAGAUCUUGGUUCCUUUCUUGAACCGGCUAGAUCCCAUAAAGGGUUUCAGAGUUAUGGCCCCGGAAAGGGCCAAUUAGCUAUUUUGACCUUGUCUGCACAAUAGCAGCUUCAUUUAUGAUUUGAUUUUAACCAAACUUGCACACAACUUGUGUCACCAUAAGAUCUCGGUUCCUUUCUUGAACCGGCUAGAUCCCAUAAAGGGUUUCAGAGUUAUGGCCCCUGAAAGGGCCAAUUAGCUAUUUUGACCUUGUCUGCACAAUAGCAGCUUCAUUUAUGAUUUGAUUUUAACCAAACUUGCACACAACUUGUAUCACCACAAGAUCUUGGUUCCUUUCUUGAACUGGCUAUAUUCCUGUAUGGGUUCCAGAGUUAUGGCCCCUUAAAGGUCCAAAAUUUGCUGUUUUGGCUUUUGCAGCCAUAUAGAGACUUCAUUUAUGGUUUGAUUUGAUACAAACUUCCAAAAUAUCUUCAACAACAAUAAAUCUUGGAUUCCAUGUCGAAUCUGUCAGAUCCAAUCCUAGGUUCCAGAGUUAUUUUAUAUCUUGAUUACCUCUCCUGAUUGUAAUCAAAAUGGAUUUAUAUCAGUAAGUACUUAUAGGACUUAUUUGAAAUUUCAUUAUUGUCAUUAGUUGGACUGAGUCAAUCGGGGUAGAUAACUAUGGACUGAUUUUAUGUCAAAUUACCUCCCUUUAUUUCAAAUUAAAAUGGGUAUAUAUCCGUAACUAAUGAAGAUACUGAUCAGAAAUUUCAUUUAUGUCAACAGAUGGACUUGGACAAUCAGUGAAGAUACAAAUUGACUGAAUUUAUGACAAAUUACCUCACUUUAUUUUUUAUCUAAAUGAAUACACCUUAGCAGCUUCUAAUGGUUUGAAAUGUUAUUUAUGUCUUCCAUGGUAAGAAAUAGUCAUAUUAGAUAACUCUUGAUUGAACAUUUAUCAAUAUGAAUAAUUUACUAAUAUAUUGCUGUAUAGGCUUGUACUUUGUAUCUUCUACAUGCAUAUACCAAUGCAUGAUUACCUCCCCUCAUUUUAAUAAAAAUGGAUUUAUCUAGGUAAAUAUUUAUAAAACUCAUUUGAAAUUUCAUUAUUGUCUUUAGUUUGACUGAGACAAUCAGGGUAGAUAGCUAUGGACUGAUUUUAUGUCAAUUUACCUCCCUUUGUUUCAAAUUAAAAUGGGUGUAUCUCAGUAACCAAUGAAUAUAAUGAUUUGAAAUGUCAUUUGUGCCAUCAGAUGGACUCGUACAAUCAGGGUAGAUAACUUUUGACUGAAUUUAUGACAAAUUACCUUCCUUUAUUUUAUGUAAACAAAUAUAUCUCAGCAGCAUCUAAUGAGAUUGGUUUUAAAUGUUAUUUAAGUCUCCAAGGGUGAGGAAAGUCAUGUUAGUACAAAAAUGCAGCAUUUGAGCCUGGGACCCUCAAACUUGGUAUGGAAAUUGGCCCUGACUAGGUCAAAAGGGACUGUUACAAGAAAAUGUUUAUCCUGAUGAUAUUUAAUCAUAAAUAUGUAUGCGUAUGUGCUCUAUGUCAAAACUUGAUCAUAUCAUUUUGAGCAAUGGUACUAAGGUGAGCGAUAUAGGGCCAUCAUGGCCCUCUUGUUUCGAUUUUCCUCAUUUUGAGCGAUAUAGGGCCAUCAUGGCCCGCUUGUUUCCAUUUUCCUCAUUUUAUAAACAACAUAAUAUCAUUUCACAGCAUUUAUGUUAAAUUAAUCUCUCAAAAGUAAGAAAAAAAGUAAGAUAAAGGGGACAGUUCACUUAAGCCUCAAAAUGGCCUUAAAUCUCUGAAUGAGGAAUUGUAAAUUUCCUUCCAUUAAUAACUGCUUGCAAUAUUUGCAAUAUAUUUAUUAUUGAAAAAAAAAAAAAAGUCAGAUUUAAAGAAAAAUGCUUCAAAAUUAUGGGUAUGGAAAACUUUCAAUUUUGAUAGAUAUUUUAUUAUAGCUGCACUCAUACUGAAACUGUUAAACAUUUUCAGUAUGAGCACAGGUGUUGUCCACAAUCAAAAAGUGAUAAGAAUUUCUGUAGGAGAAGUUGGACCUAUGGUCAAAUUUUUGUUGUUGUCUCUUACAUUGCUUGCUUCUAAAAGCUUCCCCAUAUGUCCCAAAUCUGGACAGAAAGUGUAUUUUCUUAACAAAUCUAUGAUUUCAGCAAUAUUUGGUGAUAUUUUUUUGAAGAAACAAUAAUUUUUUUUCGAAAAAAUUAAUUCAUUAUAGAGGAAAGACAUUCUGUUAGGAAACAAUGCAUUAAUUUUUCAACCAUUUAAAGACUAAAGUGAACCCUUUUUUUGUCGAGCCCGCUUGCGGAAGCGAAGACAUAGUUGUCCAAAUGGCUGUUCGGUGUAUUUGUCUGCGUGCGUCCGUCCGUCAGUGCGUGCAUGCAUGUGUCCGUCUGGACCAUAACUUUGACACGCAUAGAGCAAUCUUGUUUAUAUUUGGCAUGAAUGUUAACCUCAGUGAGACGGAGUGUCAUGCAUAAACCCCAGGUUCCUAUCUCAAAGGUCAAGGUCACAGUUGGAGGUCAAAGUUCAUGUCAGAUCUUGCGGGCCCAUAACUUUGACAUACAUUGAGGAAUCUUUUUAGCUCAUCUGAUUUUUUGAAAAAAAAUGAUGAGUUAUUGUCAUCACUUGAGCGGUUGUCGGCGUCGGCGUCGGCGUUGCCUGGUUAAGUUUUAUGUUUAGGUCAGCUUUUCUCCUAAACUAUCAAAGCUAUUGCUUUGAAACUUGGAAUACUUGUUCACCAUCAUAAGCUGACCCUGUAUAGCAAGAAACAUAACUCCAUCUUGCUUUUUGCAAGAUUUAUGGCCCCUUUUGUACUUAUAAAAUAUCAGAUUUCUUGGUUAAGUUUUAUGUUUAGGUCAACUUUUCUCCUAAACUAUCAAAGCUAUUGCUUUGAAACUUGGAAUACUUGUUCACCAUCAUAAGCAGACCCUGUACAUCAAGAACCAUAACUCCAUCUUGCUUUUUGCAAGAAUUAUUGCCCCUUUUGGACUUAGAAAAUCAGUUUUCUUGGUUAAGUUUUAUGUUUAGGUCAGCUUUUAUCCUAAACUAUCAAAGCUGUUGCUUUAAAACUUGCAACACUUGUUCACCAUCAUCAGCUGACCCUGUACAGCAAGAAACAUAACUCCAUCCUGCUUUUUGCAAGAUUUAUGGCCCCUUUUUGACUUAGAAAAUAUCAGAUUUCUUGGUUAAGUUUUAUGUUUAGGUCAACUUUUUCUCUUAAACUAUCAAAGCUAUUGCUUUGAAACUUGCAACACUUGUUCACCAUCAUAAGCUGACCCUGUAUAGCAAGCAACAUAACUUCAUCCUGCUUUUUGCAAUAAUUAUUGCCCCUUUUGGACUUAGAAAAUCAUUUUCUUGGUUGAGUAUUAUGUUUAAGUCGACUUUUCUCAUAAACUAUCAAAGCUAUUGCUUUAAAACUUGCAACAGUUUUUCACCAUCAUAAGUGGACACUGUACAUCAAGAAACAUAAUUCUAUCCUGCUUUUUGCAAGAAUGAUGGCCCUUUUUAGACUUAGAAAAUCGUGGGUAGGACAAUAUUUCUAUUACACAAAAAAAAUCAGAUGAGCGUCAGCACCCGCAAGGCGGUGCUCUUGUUUAUAUUUGGCAUAAAUGUUUAACUCAGUGAGAGGGAAUGUCAUGUGCAAACCCCAGGUCCCUAUCUCAGAGGUCAAGGUCACAGGGGUCAAAGGUCAUUUUAGAGCUUGUCCAGGCCAUAACUUUGAUAAGUAUGGAGCAGUCUUUUUUGUCUUUGGCGUAAAUGUUCACCACUAUGAAACCAAGUGUUGUGUGCAAACCUUGGGUCCCUAUCUCAAAGGUCAAGGUCACACUUUGGGGUCAAAGGUAAUUUUAGAGCUUGUCCGGGCUGUAACUUUGCCAUGCAUAAAGCAGUCAUUUUUUAUUUGGCAUAAAUGUUUGUCUCAAUGAGACAGAGUGUCAUGUGCAACUCCAAGACCCCUACCUCAAAGAUCAAGGUCAUACUUAGAGGUCAAAGGUUAAAACUUGGUGCUGUUAGUCCUUUUGACAACUGGCGGGCUCGACAUGUUGCCCGUGGGCAUCUAGUUUUAUAUGCCUGUUUUAAAAAAAAGGAUUUUUAUAUGAUGUUGCGUUUGUCUGUCCAUCUGUUGGUCUGUCUUAUUUUUCGUGUCCAGAGCAAAACUGUUUGAGGUAUUGACUUUAAAGUUGGUAUAUAGGUAGGUAGAGAUUAGACUAUGUGCAGAGCGCAUAAAGUAGGCCAUUAGGUCAAAGGUCAAGGUAGAAAAUGUCCCUCAUAUUUAAUGUCUGGAGCAUAACCUUAUAACUAUUAUAUAUAUAUAUAUUAUAUAAUUAUAUAAUACAUAAUAAUUAUACAA